AUGGCGUCUAAUGCCCUGCAAUCGGAAGUAACAAAACCUCCAUCUUCAAACCGUUUUUCAUUAUUACCAAAAAUAAUAAAUGGAGGAAUAGCUGGUAUUAUUGGAGUAACCAUAGUUUUCCCACUGGAUUUGGUUAAAACAAGACUUCAAAAUCAAAAGCCAGGUCCUGAUGGAUCCUUCAUGUAUAGAUCAAUGCUUGAUGCAUUUCGAAAGACAUAUGCUGCUGAAGGAUAUUUUGGGAUGUAUCGAGGGUCUGCUGUAAAUAUUUUAUUAAUUACUCCAGAAAAAGCCAUUAAAUUAGCUGCUAAUGAUCAAUUUCGGCAUUGGUUGGCAACGCCUGGGAAGCCUUUAACGUUAAUACGCGAAAUGUUAGCCGGUGCAGGUGCAGGGCUUUUUCAAAUUGUUGUUACCACUCCUAUGGAAUUAUUAAAAAUUCAAAUGCAAGACGCAGGACGAGUUGCUGCACAAGCUAAAUUAGAAGGAAAAACUGUGCCAAAAGUUUCAGCUACAUCAUUGGCACGAGAAUUAGUUGCGUCUAAAGGGUUAUUAGGUCUCUACCGUGGUGUGGGAGCUACAGGAAUGCGUGAUGUAACAUUUUCCAUAAUUUACUUUCCAAUGUUUGCUAGACUAAAUGCUUUAGGACCACGUAAAAAGGAUGGUUCUGGUGAUGCAGUAUUUUGGUGCUCGUUUGUGUCAGGAUGCGUAGCUGGUUCAAGUGCUGCUUUAGCUGUAAAUCCAAUUGAUGUAAUUAAAACUAGGUUACAGGCGAUUAAAAAAUCUGAUGCCGAAUUAGAAUAUAAAGGAGUUGUUGACUGUUUUACGAAAACAUUACGUAAUGAAGGUCCUUUGGCAUUCUUCAGAGGUGGUGCAUGUCGAAUGAUAGUGAUUGCACCACUGUUCGGAAUCGCUCAAACCGUUUAUUAUUUAGGGGUAGCUGAAAGAAUUAUGGGCGUGAAAAAAUAA